AUGGCAAGCAACAGCAACAGCAACAGCAACAGCAACGGCAAUAGCCAGCCGGCCAGGACGAGGAAAAUGCGAGGCCGCAGCGACACGACCGCCACGGCGUGCACUGUUCUGAGUCUCCUCUCCACGGAAACGGCUGCGGGGGUGUCCCGGGCAUCGUUUUCGUCUGUCGUCACAAAUGCGUCCGCGUGCUCGUGUCGCGCGCAGCCAGACAAGUUUGCUGCGUUUGCUGCCGCUGCUGACCCCUGGGCGUGGGAUGACGACCCGGCUCUGAGCACAUAUGGGUUAAAGCACGAGAGCGACAUACGCACGCUCAUCAACGACACGAUGCGGGCAGUCUCCGUGAGCGGGCACAGCGACAGGGACAUGAAGCGCAUCACGGCAGGGUUCACCAAGGCCUUUGCUGCCCUCGGCAUCGCCAUCCCGCUGUCGGAGGUGGUGAAGAUGGCAGAACUUGUCGUGUUGAGCAUGAGCGCGCCGCACCGCAUGUACCACGCCACGAAGCACGUGUUUGAUGUUGCACCGCCAAACCCGGCCGACGACCCGCUGGCCUUUCUUGCCGCUAUGUUCCACGACAUCAUCUACCUGCAGGUGGACGGUGGUAUUGCCCCGUACUUCCUGCCCAUACUCCAGCGCGCGCGCCUGUUUCUCGUGCCGAAGAAGGACAUGUUUGACCGGCUGGUUGCGGAUGCGCACGACCGCAUUCACCGCGUGCUGCAGCGGCGGGCUAGCAUGAUGACUGCCCAGCACGGCGACGGUGCUGCUGGUGAUGCGUUUGCACUGCACAAGGGCACGCAUGCACCUCCCUCGGUUACAUCGUCGGCCCCUGUGGUGGCAGCAUCACCCACAUGGGCCAGCAAGCCGCAAUUGCAUGGCGGCAGAAGUGGCCGUGGCACUGCUGCUGUCGACACCGCCGACGGCUCACCCUGCAACAAGUGCGACAGUUCCAGCGACACUUCCACAGCAAGCUUCACCAGCACCACCAGCACCAGCACCAGCAACAACACCAGCACCAACACGACGGCCACCGCCCGCAGUGACACGUUCAGCUGUGAGUCGCGUUCGUGCUCGUCUGUCACCACGCCAAGCACGCUGCGUGGGGCGUGCGGCAGCCGCCCUUCCACCGCCACCUCCAUCCACACCAUCAUGGGCUGUGGUGAUGUUGAUGAUGCAGGCGGAAACAGCGAAGGUGCUGCUAGAUGCGCCAGUGAUGGUCGCGCCGAUGGCGAGAGCGCUUACACGGUUGAUGUGAUUACCGAAGCCAACCACUCUGGCGCGAACGUUGGUGGCGACAACAUCAACGUCAGUACCAACAGCAUCAGUGACAGCAGCACAAGUGGCGUUCCAGAGGCACUUCGCCCCUUUCCUCAGCGUCGUCGCAAGCUUCAACAGCAGCAGCAGCAGCAGGACAAAACGGAUGGUGUUGAUCAGAGCCAGCAUCCCACCGCAACUGCUGGCGUGGCCAUGCAUGACGGCAUCUCCGACUCUCUGUUUCAGCAGCAGCAGCAGCAACAGCAACAGCAGCAGCAGCAGCAGCAGCAGCAGCAGCAGCAGGAUGCACACUCGUCCCUCCGUCGUCAGUCGUCCACGCUGACGCGCGAGCAGCGGCAGCAGCACUACUACGCCAUCAAGGGUCAGUCCUCGUCGUCAUCAUCGUCGUCGAUGGACAUGCCAGCCUCGCCCCACGCAGCAGCACCUGCCGAUGCUCAGGAUGCACGCCUCACAUUUGGUGGAGCCAGAGGCUUGCAGGCAGCAUCACAGCAUGGCAGGGUGUCUCAACAGGCGGCGACGCCAGAGGAAGCAGGGUCAAACACAGUGGACCAGGCGUUGCUGCGAUCCUUUGCCAGCCCGCAGGAUGCCACGGUCGACUUUCUUCUCAACAGAAUAGAGCCGUGGCCGCAGCUGCGGGAUUCACCACAUGCGCGCAUGCACCAGCUGCACGUGCUGUGCCGCCCCGAGCGAUUGGCGCUCAUGGCGUACCGUCCAUUUGAGCAGCGCACUCCAGGCACUGGCGCCAAGGACACGCACACAAGGGGUGGUGGUCGUGGCGAUGGUGAUGAUGGUGAUGAUGGUGAUUGA